AUGCAGAACUUUUUCGCACCCGGUGCUAGUGGUUAUUAUGAUGGGACUAUAUUUCACAGGAAUAUUAAAGGUUUUAUGAUUCAAGGUGGAGACCCAACAGGAACAGGCAAAGGGGGAACUAGCAUAUGGGCCAAGAAGUUCAAUGAUGAGAUUCAAGAAUCCCUUAAGCCUAACUGUUCUAGGGGUAUAUUGUCAAUGGCUAAUAGUGGUCCUAACACUAAUGGGAGCCAAUUCUUCAUAACUUAUGCAAAGCAGCCCUAUCUCAAUGGAUUAUACACUGUGUUUGGCAACGUGAUCCAUGGUUUUGAAGUUCUGGAUCUCAUGGAAAAGUUUCAAACAGGAGCAGGUGAUCGACACUCUUGCAGAGAUAAGGCUCAAUCGUGUGACAAUACAUGCUAA